AACAUAUAUUGCACAAAGAAAAUUGCAGUGAAAAUUUUUUAUUUGAGAAAAAUAAAAUAGUUUUGCAACAGUUUAUUAUAUAUUUUCUGUUUCCUUAUAUCAAAAUGAAAUAACCCAAAAAAUAAACUUAGACUUACAGCUCAAAUUCACAUAUAAUUUGUUGAUUUAUAUCAACUUCAAAGUGGAGUAGGUGCAGAGGAAUAAAUCCUCUCUGCUUUUGGUUACAAAAAAUGUCAACAACUUCUCCAAACUCAAAUAAUAGUAGCAGCAAUAAGAAACAGGUACAACAAAGGAACGGAGAUUCAUACAGUGACUCUUCCAUUGAAGAGGAAAAUUUAGAGUCUGAAGAAAGACGACGAAGAAUCAUUAAAAACAGAAACAGAAGCACAUCAUAUAUGCAACGUAAUAUAAGUAACAAAUUACCACAACAAAAGUCUAACACUAUUAUGAGUUCAUCAAGUGGUGCUGUGUCGAAGCAUAGUGAUACCGCUAUCACUGCCAGUUCAAGUAGCGCAAGUGGUUCUAGAACUACACCUGGUGAACGUAUUACGCUGUUAGUAGAUAAUGUACGUUUUGUAAUUGAACAGGCAUUGGUGACUGCACAUCCUAAUACGAUGCUCGGUACAAUGUUCAGUACAGGAUUCCAAUUUGUACAUUCGAACGACCGUGGUGAAUAUGAAGUUGCUGAAGGCAUAUCACACAUAGUUUUUCGUGCUAUUCUGGAAUAUUAUAAAAGUGGUAUUAUAAAGUGCCCACCGACAGUGUCGGUACCAGAAUUAAAAGAAGCUUGUGAUUAUUUACUAAUACCAUUUGAUGCCACAACAGUCCGCUGCCAAAAUUUGCGAGGUCUUCUACAUGAACUUAGCAAUGAAGGUGCUCGUCAACAAUUUGAAGUUUUUCUUGAAGACUUAAUAUUGCCAUUGAUGGUUGAUAGCGCACAACGCGGUGAUCGAGAAUGUCACGUUGUAGUUUUAUUAGACGAUGAUGUUGUCGAUUGGGAUGAGGAGUUUCCACCUCAAAUGGGAGAAGAAUAUUGUCAAACUGUACACAGCACAGCAAUGCAUCGAUUUUUCAAGUAUAUUGAGAACCGAGAUGUUGCCAAGCAAGUAAUGAAAGACCGAGGUCUAAAAAAAAUUAGAUGCGGAAUUGAAGGAUAUCCAACGCACAAAGAAAAGAUACGCAGGCGCCCAGGUGGCCGUGCUGAAGUUAUUUAUAGUUAUGUGCAACGUCCGUUUAUACACAUGUCGUGGGAAAAAGAGGAAGCAAAGAGUCGUCAUGUAGAUUUCCAGUGUGUCAAAUCGAAAUCUGUAACAAAUUUGGCUGAAGCAACUGCUGAUCCUCCAUUGGAAAUUGAUUCAAGUGGUAACCCGAUUCCGCCGCCUAACGCAAAUUUAAAUGGUAAUGCAGAAGCAAGGGUUCAGCCAGUUGCAGUAGAUGAAGCAGCUGGGGGAAUUAUUAUGCUUAAUGAGCUAGAGCAGGCAGCCGGAGGUGGAGGUGUUGAUGAAUCUUUCGAAAGUUAAGGCGUACAUAUAAAAAAGUAAAAUAUUCUAACGGGAUCAUAUUUCAACGCGAUAAACUAAGCCUCAUUAUUUUGAUAUUAAUAUUUCUUUUCGUUCGGUUUUUACAAAUUUAUAUGUAUACAAAUAUAUUUAUAAUAUCUUAUAAGAUCUAAAUUUCGCAUUUGCAAAAGCAACAAAAUUUAUUAUAGUCAAUUUUGAUACCACAAUUAAAUUGUAGUCCAUUAACAAAAAA